AUGAAUAAUCUUUAUUAAUUCGACAGAUCAUUAUUGACAAUAGACAUUCCAGGAGCUUAGCCUAGAAAAAAAUCAAUACAACUCAAUAAAAUAGAGAGUUUAGAUACCAAAUAAUGUAGACAGCUAAAAUUACAGUAACAGUCUGUUAUUAUUAUCCUAUCUUUUAGAUUGAAUAUUGCUCAACAAGACCAACAUUAUGGAAGACGAAGAUAUCAACAUGAUUUUCAUCAUUUUUGCAACAGUUUUGUUCCCUAAGGAGAAUACUAUUUUGAUGGAUCUUAGAAAAAGCAUUACAAUCUAUAAGAGGGAGAAAUAAAGUAAAUGAGAGCCCUUGAAAACAUCUAUGAUUAACCAAAGUAUUUGUUUAUCAAAUGAUGAAAUUUAAUAGGAGACAGAUUAUUAACUACAAAUGAUAUCGAUGGAG